ACAAGGUCGCUUUGUGUUUACUUUGGGAAGAUAUAUAGAACGGGUAUUCUGAUAUGGGUAUUCAUGAGGGUUGAUAUUCCCCCGGGACGUUGUUGUGAGUUUGUGGGACACAGUUGUGGACAUUAUCUCCUAUUGCAGGGACGGGGAGGAUUAGGGACAUAUCUCGACAGUUCAUGCGUUCUUGCAAGCCACGGAUCUGGUGUGCUGGCCGCAUUUGCUGAAGGAGAGAUACAUUUGGAAUACUGCUUUUUUAGAUCAAACACACAGUAAAACAGGCAGCACCUGGAUUGGCUGACUUUUCCUACGCCAUCAUGGGAGAAAAGGUUGAGACAUCAAAGACGGUGACGUAUGGGACGACAGAUCUCGAGAAGCCUGGGGGUGACGUUCAGACCCAGCCCACCCCAGAACAUGGGAAACUGACCCCACGACUCAUGAUGUCCAUAGUUGCAGCCGCCAUGGGAUCGUUCCAGUUUGGCUACAACACAGGGGUCAUCAACGCUCCUGAAGCGAGGAUCAAGGAUUUCAUGAACGCCACAGACAUAUCACGUGACGGUCAAGAGAUGGACGUGGACACUCAGACCAACCUGUUUGCCGUCCUGGUGGCAGCCUUUGCCAUCGGUGGCGCUGUCGGGGGUUUGUUGGCGGGUCUGUGGGCAGAUUACUUUGGCCGAAAGAAUGGCUCUCUGAUUAACGCAGUGAUAGGCAUUGGCGCUGCCGCUCUGCUGUACUUCGGGCGUAUGGCGGCGACCUAUGAGAUGAUCAUUGUCGGGAGGCUGGUCGUGGGAUUCAACUGUGGUCUCUACACGGCACUAGCACCCAUCUACCUGAGCGAGAUCGCAUCAGUAAACAUCCGAGGAGCUCUGGGUGUACUGCAUCAGCUGUUUGUCGUUUCCGGUAUUCUAAUCUCGCAAAUUCUCGGCUUCCCCGAGAUAUUAGGAAACAAGGAAUACUGGGACAUUCUCUUGGGUUUGACGGCAAUACCGUGCGUGGUACAGCUAAUAGUGAUGCCAUUCUGCCCGGAGAGUCCACGACAUCUACUAAUCGCAAAAGGCAGAGAACAAGAUGCACGAACAGCGCUGCAGUCGCUUCGCGGAAUCGAAGACGUUGAUGCUGAGAUAUCGGAGAUGAGAAUCGAGGCGGAACAAGCUCAAAGCGAGGCCAAGGUUAGCGUUAUCAAGCUGUUUCAGAAGCGAUCUCUGCGCAUGCCCCUUCUGAUCAGUAUCGUCAUGCACCUCUCGCAGCAACUCUCGGGAAUUGUCGCGAUCUUCUACUACUCGGGGAACCUGUUCAAGGGGGCAGGGCUAGAUGAAUCCACAGCCACACACGCCACGAGCGGGGUUGGAGCUGUCAUGGUUGUCAUGACACUGGUGACGAUUCCACUCAUGGACCGGGUUGGUCGACGGACACUGCAUCUCAUUGGUCUAGGCGGAAUGGCCGUGUCUAGCAUUUUAAUUACAGUGUGCCUCUCACUUCUGGACCGGGUAGAGUGGUUUAAAGUGGCAAGCAUCGCUACGUCUCUCCUGUUUGUCGUCUUCUUCGCCCUUGGACCAGGCUCCAUACCCUGGUUGAUAGUGGCUGAGUUGUUCUCCCAGGGGCCGAGAUCGUCCGCCAUCAGUGUCUCUGUCCUCGUCAACUGGGUGGCCAACUUCUGUGUGGGUUACGCCUUCCCCCAGAUGCAGAAAGGACUGGGGAGCUACUCCUUCGUGCCCUUUACCGUUAUGAUCAUAUUGUUUUGGAUAUUCGUAUUCAUGUUCUUACCAGAAACGAAAGGCAGAACGAUUGAGGAAAUCUCAUCAAUAUGGCGAAAAGAGGGAGGCAAAGGUGAUAAGCCCAGAUCAGAGAGCUAUUUGGUCUCUUACCAGAAGAACCCCGACAGCUCAUAAAGGGUUAACACAUCACAUCAUCACGAACAAAAUGACACUGUGCUGAGUCAACCUCUGCUGCAAAGAUGCGCUUCAAGCGUUUGUGCAGGAGUAGCUGCUGUUGUGCCGUAAACUCAAGAGGUCACACCCUUGCUUCAUUUACAGAUCCGGAGGUUCUUAAACACUAUACAACAGAUAUUAUCAAAGAAACAAUAACAAUUAUGUAAUCCACCAGUACGGACAUUUCAACCUUCCCAGCCCAACUAUCAGAGUCAACUGUGACGUUUCGAGCAAGUGAAACGUUUUGACGUUAUGAAACGCUGGCUUGUAGAACCGCUUAGUUAACCGGUUAAUAUCGAUAGCUUGACCACUUAUGAAUAAGUGAGUGAAUAUAGUUUAACCCCGCUUUUAGCAAUAUUCCAGCAAUAUCACGGCGGGGGACAACAGAAAUUGGCUUCACACAUUGUACCCAUUUCGGGAUUCGAACGCGGGUCUUCGGCUUGACGAGCGAACGCCUUAACCACUAGGCUACCCGACCGCCCCUGACCUUUGAAGAGGUACCAUAUUGAUAUGUUUUUGCACAUGUAAAACAAAGGACAUAACCAGCGAGCUUGAGGUAUGAUAUAUUACCACAUGAAUAUCUAGGUCACAGCAUGAAUAAUGCAAGAGCAUUAUGAUUAAUAACAAGACGAGGCAAGACAUCAUUUGUUUGUCAGCUAUGCAGGUGUAGCGCAUUUGCUGGAAUAAUAAUAGUUUGAUUUGUUAUGAACAGUUUUUUUUCUAUUCCUGCUAAUAUGGCUUUUAUUGAACUUACUCAUGGUCACCUUUGGUAUAAUUUUUAAGGUAGCAAACAGUCAAAACUAUUAUUCUCGUUUGUACUAAGCAAAGAUUACUGACAUUGAAGGUUUGUUUGUUUGUUUGUUUGUUUGUUUGUUUUUUAAAGCCGCACUCAGCAAUAUUCCAGCUCUAUGACGGCGGUCUGUAAAUAAUCGAGUCUGGACCAGACAUUCAAGUGAUU